AUGUCUUCGGGAACGUUUGUGGAUAGGAUUGAUCCGUUCGCCAAGCGUUCGUUAAAGAAAAAAACCAAGAAAUCGCAAGGUUCCUCGCGCUACCGCAACACGCAGGACGUGGAACUACAGGCGCUGCCACUUCUGAAAGAUGUGCCAAGCAAUGAGCAAGAGGAACUAUUUAUUCGUAAACUCCGCCAAUGCUGUGUUGCAUUUGACUUCAUGGAUCCUGUAGCCGACCUCAAGGGCAAGGAGAUUAAGCGUGCUGCACUCAAUGAGCUUGUAGAGUACAUCACUGCUGGUCGUGGAGUGCUUACAGAGCCAGUGUAUCCAGAGAUCAUUAAAAUGAUAUCGGCCAACCUGUUCCGCACUCUACCGCCGAGUGAAAAUCCUGACUUCGACCCUGAAGAGGACGACCCGACCUUGGAGGCGUCGUGGCCUCAUCUCCAGCUGGUCUACGAGUUCUUCCUCCGUUUCCUUGAGUCGACCGACUUCCAGCCAGUCAUUGGCAAGAAGGUCAUUGACCAGAAGUUUGUGUUGCAGCUUUUAGAUUUAUUUGACUCCGAAGAUCCACGCGAGCGAGACUUUCUGAAAACCGUGCUCCAUCGCAUUUAUGGGAAAUUCUUGGGACUACGUGCCUUCAUACGGAAACAGAUCAACAACAUUUUCCUACGGUUUGUGUAUGAGACCGAGCAUUUCAACGGUGUCGGAGAGCUGUUGGAAAUUUUGGGGAGCAUAAUCAACGGCUUCGCCCUGCCGCUGAAGAGCGAGCACAAGCAGUUCCUGGUGAAGGUGCUGCUGCCGCUGCACAAGGUGAAGUGCCUCUCGCUGUACCACGCGCAGCUGGCCUACUGCGUGGUGCAGUUCCUGGAGAAGGACGCCACGCUCACCGAGCCCGUGGUGCGCGGCCUGCUCAAGUUCUGGCCGAAGACCUGCUCCCAGAAGGAGGUAAUGUUCUUGGGUGAGAUUGAGGAAAUUCUGGAUGUGAUUGAGCCAGCUCAAUUUGCCAAAAUACAAGAGCCAUUAUUUAGACAAAUUGCAAAAUGCGUGUCCAGUCCACAUUUUCAGGUGGCUGAAAGGGCAUUAUACUUUUGGAACAACGAAUAUAUUCUAUCACUGAUGGAGGAGAACAACCAGGUGAUAAUGCCAAUAAUGUUCCCCGCACUGUACCGUAUUAGCAAGGAGCACUGGAACCAAACCAUUGUGGCGCUCGUCUACAACGUGCUCAAGACCUUCAUGGAGAUGAACUCCAAGCUGUUUGACGAGCUCACUGCUAGCUAUAAGGCGGAACGGCAAAAAGAGAAGAAACGCGAGAAGGAGCGCGACGAACUGUGGAAAAAGCUGGGGGAACUUGAAAUAAGCCACAAGCGGCAGCAAGCAGGCGCCGUCGCCAAG